AUGGCGUCGCAUACAGUUAACCGAUUUGUUAUUUUAUCAAGACAUUAUAGUUCGAAAGCAGACAAAAAUGUUGCUUUUCUUGGCCUCGGCAAUAUGGGAGGCUACAUGGCUGCAAAUCUUGUGAAAAAGGGCUUCAAAGUUCGAGGCUAUGACCCAUCGAAGGACGCAUUAUCAGCGGCAGACAAGACCGGUGUGACCAGUGCCAACUCUAUCGCGGCCGCAGUGGACGGUGUAGACGUGGUCGUAUCUAUUCUGCCAAGUAACAAAGUCGUCCUAGAGGCAUAUCUUGGCAAGGAUGGUGUUGUUAAGCAUGCACCAAAAGGCUCCCUUCUCAUUGACUCAAGUACGGUGGACCCAAAUGUUCCCAAAGAGAUCUACCCUAAAGCUAUCGAAAGCGGCGUUGGUUUUAUCGACGCCCCUGUGUCUGGAGGUGUUAUGGGAGCACAGAAUGCUACACUAGCUUUUAUGGCAGGAGGAAGAAAGGAAGACUUUGAUAGAUCAGUCCCGUUGCUCGAAGCGAUGGGUGCUAAGCAGUUCCACUGUGGAGAUAUAGGUGCUGGCCAAGUUGCCAAGUUGAGUAAUAACAUGCUCAUGGGUAUCACUGGUAUGGCUACUGCUGAAUGUAUGAAUAUGGGAAUAAAAAUGGGUCUAGACCCAAAAGUUCUGCUAGACGUACUCAACAAUUCUUCUGCACGAUCGUGGUCUACUGAAGUGUACUGCCCGGUACCUGGACUAGUGCCCACUGCACCGUCCAGUAGAAACUAUGAUGGUGGAUUUAAGAAUGAACUAAUGGUUAAGGAUCUAGAACUAGCAAGUAACAUGGCGCUCGGCAUUCGUUCCCCCAUACCCCUCGGCGCUGUUGCCACUCAACUGUACCGCAUCGUCCAAUCUCGAGGUUACGGACAGAAAGACUUUUCUUUUAUAUACCAACUCCUUAAAAAUGAAGUUGAAAAGAAG